AUGUCGGGUGGUGGAAAGGACAGAUUGAACAUUUUCCCUUCAAGAAUGUAAGCUAAUUAAUUAUUUUCGAGAUUGAAGAGAGUUUAUAUGGGGAAUUUUGAUGAAAACUGCGUUGUUUUUGUCCCAGGGCCUUGACGUUGAUGAAAGCUCGGCUGAAGGGAGCUCAGAAGGGUCACAGUCUUUUGAAAAAGAAAUCUGAUGCUUUGACAAUGCGCUUUAGGAAAAUUCUCAAAAAGAUUAUAGAAGUAAGUGCUGGAGAUUUUUCCGUUACUGUAAGGUGUUAAUCGUUGUUUGAACUGAAAAUUCCUACCUUUGAAAUGUUGUCUUUUGAUCUUGUAGACCAAAACUUUGAUGGGUGAUGUAAUGAGAGAAGCGACUUUUUCUUUAGCCGAGGCAAAUUUUGCUGCUGGGGAUUUCAGGUAAUAACUGACUGAGCUAAUUGUUAAAUGAACAAUUUCAGCUAGGCCCUCAGUUAACCUCGGUUUUUACUUUUCAUAGAGGAGAAAUUCAGUCACGUGAUGUACACUGUGCAAGUAUUUAUAAAUACCCGAAAAAAAUGUUUUUAAUUUAUUCUGACACGGCCUCUUUUAUUUCCCUUCUUGCCGAGGUACAUUAACUAUUAGUUUUGUACUUAUGUUAAGCACUUUCAUCUUGCAUUUUCAGCUAUGUUGUACUUGAAAACGUUGACAAAGCACAGACAAAGAUUCGUCUGAGGAAAGACAAUGUUGCUGGUAAUGUUAUCUUAAGUUACUUUUGACGAUUUUGGGUUGAUUCACCAAACCAAAAGAGCCAAACAGGACAAAUCUACAUUGGGGCAUAUUUUUUGUACUCUGUUGUUUAGUCAGAAGAAGUUGUGUACAAUUCAAGUAGGGUACAUCAUUGCCCAUGCAACAAUCCUGAAGGAUUGCUAGCAAUCUUCUUUAAUAGCAAAAAUGAAGAAAAGAUCUGUAUAAUUCUGUGACAUUUGUUAUCUGACUAUGGUAUAAAAUUAAUUAUUUAUACCUGAAGAUGUCUAAUUUUGCAUAAUUUCAUGUACUUCUUCCAGGAGUUCAUCUUCCAAUCUUUGAAGCUUAUGCAGAUGGCACCAACAGUAAGUCACCACUGGUAUUAUCUUUUAAUUUUAGCUCAGGAUCCCAAAUUACUGCAAUGAGUUAGUCCAGCUGUAACAACUGUAACAGAUGUUGAUCAAGUUAGUACAACAAGCUAGAGAUUCAGACUAAUCUUUUUAAUCCCUUUACUUGUUCCCAGGUUAUGAGCUGACAGGUUUAUCUCGUGGUGGCCAGCAAGUUAGUAAAUGCCAGGAAGUGUAUGGUAAAGCUGUCAAGCUACUUGUUGAGCUUGCAUCCCUUCAGGUAAAUACACAUUAUAUAGUACAAGUCAUUAAUUUUCUUUUUUUUCUUCUUCUUCUUCUCCUUUAUUAGUGUAUUCCUACCUUACUAUAUAUAAUGCAAAUAUUUUAUAAAGUGUUAAUAAUAAAAUUGAAUAAAAUUGAAAAAAAAAAAGUUCUUACUUCAGCUGGCGACAUACUUUUGCCUUUGGGUGACAAGCAAAUGGUGGUGGUUGCAUAGAAUGUAAAUGCCAGAUGCCCUGGAUUUCUAAGAUGUAGGGCUUUUGUAUUCCCUAAAAUUUAUCUUGGAGAAUGGCACUGAUGAUUGUGAAGAAGCUCAAUAGAGAAACCAUCCAAAAUGUUGGGGGAUGACAACCAGUGGGAUUGGAUUUUUACUGUGUUGAAAUAAUUAUUUGUUCAACUUUUCCAUCUGUUUCAGAACUGUUAUUUGUUUUUGCUUGCAGACUGCCUUUGUUACUCUGGAUGAAGCUAUCAAAAUCACAAAUAGAAGAGUGAAUGCCAUAGAAUAUGGUAAGGUUUCUUUCUGGGCAUGUUGACAGGAUGUAAGGUGGGGGAUGGGGGGCAGUGCAUAACCUGCCUAAAAGGAUAUUGAAUUAAUAAUAUUAGUGGUCCGCCUUCCCAUAUGGUUACGGUCAGGGAGGAAAAUACAGUCGACUACUGAUAAUUCAAACCUUCUGGGGAAAUCUAAAAAAGUUUGAGUUCUUGGGAGUUUGAAGCAAAUUACCAGAAAUAAGGAAAUAAGCAAAUGGACUGACUUGUCAGGCUCCUAAAACAUGGUCUGAUCUGAAGGGAAACAAAAAUUACUUCGAGUUAGCAGGAGGUGCGAGUUAUCAAGGGUUUAAGUUACAGAGGGUAAAAUUACAGCAAGUGUAUGAAGGAAAUCCAGGGGAGGUUCGAGUUAACGAGGGUUGGAGUUAUCAGGAGUCAACUGUACCUACUUUCCUACUGUAAUCAUUCAAGGUGGAGUGAUCCUUUUUAAGUUUUUUAUCCCUCUUCUCUGCCCCUACCAAUAAAUGCUGUUUAAAAUUGAAAAAUUGUCAACACAAUCCUUAUCCCCAGAGAGAGGGAGGGUGGCCUUAAUGAUGUAAAUGUACAUAUAAAUUUGUUUUUUGUUCUUUGCAGUUAUUAUCCCCAAAAUUGAAGCUACAAUAUCAUACAUCAUAGGAGAACUUGAUGAAAGAGAAAGGGAAGAAUUUUACAGGUUUGCAAACUUUUUGGAGUGAUAUAGAAGUCAUAAUGGUCUGGUCAUUUAUUGUAAUUGCAUUUCUCGUUACAGAAACUGUCACACUGUCACAAUGAAACAACAGAAACUGUCACAAUGUCACACCAUUUGCUGUCUUUUUAGAAAAGUCAAAACAUGUCUUUGCAUCAUUUGAAUUCCAAAAAUAAUUGUCCAGUUUUCUUAUUUAAGACUACAUUUAGGCAUUGAAACGUUGUUUUCUGCUGUCUGUCGCUACAAAUGGCAAGGGUGGACAUGGAUUAAAACUUGAAAAAAUUGGGCUAACUGUAGAGCGUUUGACUGUAGAGCGGGAGAUCGCGGUUCAAUUCCUGGGGCUGGACCAUUACUCAGGGUCUUGAAAUAACUCUUAAGGUACAUUUUAUUUUUGGGUAUGGUUUACCCACAAAGUAAUGACUUAAGCACAGAAUUGAUUUAAAAUGGCAAUAUCCUGGUGACAAACGGUGUUGCCCCCUUCUUCCUUCCUGGCCCCCUUGGCUUGUACAUGUGUGCACCUUUUCUUUGUUAACCCUUUAAACGCUAAGAUAAAAAUUUGAAUUCUCAUUUGCUGCACCUAUUCAUUUCCUACAGAAGUAGAGGGGAGAAGUUGAUAAAAUAUCAAGCAAAUUCAUCUUGUGUGAUCAUGUCUGUAAUUCUCAUGACCGCUCUGUUUUACAAAGCAUUGAUAUUACAAAGAGAAAUUUGAUGCUGAUCACUCUUAGGGCUUUAAACCUACUCAGGGCUGGGAUAAGUCAUUGUACUUUUGUAAAUAAAAAGAUGUACACCCCACACCUGUACAAACGAAGCAGAUAGCACAAGCAUUUGCAAGAAUAAACUUUGGGCCCUGAAAACUGGUAUCCUAAUAUUUUGCAGGCUUAAGAAAAUUCAAGAAAAAAAGAAGAUUAUGAAACAGAAGGCUGAAGCAGCAAAGAAAGCCAGGGGCAUAACAGAAGGUUAAAAGAAUUGAUUGUUACUAUUAUGUAGGCCAUGUGCAUGGUGAUGUCGUUUUGAUACUAAGACCAGAAUCCUUCAGGAGGGUGUUGCUUUCUUGUGCAAAUAGGCCACUUGCACUAAGAGGUCACGUGACCAAUGCUUCCUUUAAAGAAUGAGUUGGAAUCUUGCUGAUGCCAAAAAUUGUUAGAGCACACAAAAAUUAUCUUAUACCCGAAAUUUGAGAGGAAACGCAUUUAAGGGAGAUAUUUUAUGGCACUUUGAUUUUUCAGCAAAGUAGUAUGAUUUGUAUUGGCCGCCAUGUUGGAGGGCAUGCUUUUGCCCUCCAACAUGGUGGCCAAAACUACUUUUUGCUUAUAUCUUGUUCAACGUUUCAUAGUUACACUCAGAUGUGCUGUAAAUGUUAUCACAUCAUCUUUUCAACAUUUUCCUUGAAGUUUAAGUGCAAAAUUUGUGUUCAGAGAGAGGUAAUUCAUAAUUUUAAAAAUCACAUUUUGGUCACGUCACCAUUUACGAACUUAUUCAUUUUAAGAAAAUGGUGUGGGUUUGAAAAACCAAAUGACUAUUAUUUUGUUUAAGAUAUGACCCACUAAUUAUUGUUUUUCGAAGGCAAAAUCAUAUAACUUUCAUUUGCAUAAAAACGAUGUCACAUGCCUCUUAGUGCAAAUGGCCCAUUAGGACUUUUGUUAUUUGAACCUCGCUGGGAUUACUAAAUUUGAAUAUGAAAGAGAAAAUGAAAAGGAUUCUGGUUGUAUAGUAAAAUGACGCCAUCGUGCAAUGGCCUAUUAUACAUUUGUCAUCGUCAGUGAACAACUACAUAAUUAUACUUGUUAAUGUUACCAAAGACAUUUCAACAAAAUAACAAGGCGGUAUUAUAUCAAAUAAUUUAAGUAAUUUUUAUUUGAUAGUGCCUAAAAUACAAAUAUGUACUGUACCUCUCACAGUUUUCUGUCUUUUUUUAAAGUAUCAUGAAAAAUGAUUUGCCCGAGUUAUAUCUGUCUUUCAACACCUUAACCGAGUGCUUAUUUCUGUCUUUGUGUUUAGACCAAACUGCAAACCUGCUGGAAGAUGCCGAGGAUGAGGACUUGCUAUUCAAGUAA